AUGACGAAAUUUGUUUUACCAGUUUGCGGAGUUUUUGGAGCUGUUCAGAUCAUUCAAGAAUAUAAUGAAUCAAAUAAUGGCACAGAUAACUAUACUAGCAGCAAUAUUUUGCAUUCUACGAAUAGAUACGAGUGGAUGACUUAUGUAUUUGAGGCUAUACCUGAAUUGGUAUUAUUAGCCGUUUUGGGCGGUAUCAUUUUGGGCGACUGGUUUUAUGAUGUUCCAGAAGUGGUCCGUGAUUCAAAGAUAUAUGAUCCGGAAACGAAAAUGUUUCAAAGUGCAAUAAAAGCUGAUUC